AUUACAUUUUACUAUUUUCGUUGGUGAAUUGUCUAGAUUUAUAACACAAUUUUUAAAUAUAAAUUGAUUUUGCGUAUAUGCAAUACGUUUUCCUUCAUUAAUCGAGGCUAUUAUUCAAAAGACUUGUACAUUUCCUGCAUGAAAAACGCAAUCAUGCUGGGCUCGUUGAAUUCGGCAAGCAUGCCUACCGGUUUAAAUGAUCUCAUAGGAACGCUGUCAUUGGAUGAACCUAUUCGAAAGCGAAGCAAGUCUCAGCAGCGACCUGGAAAAGAGCAAAGCUACAGUAACACUUCGAGCUCGAUUUUGAAUCAAUCGAUCCUGGGACAGUCCAUGAGCAAGUCCUUCAAUAAAUCAUUGAAUGGAUCAAUAUCUGCUAAAGGGAGCAAAACACCUGGAAGAAGUUCCAAUGGAAACAACAGAAAAACUCCAUCUAAAGGGAUCGCUAAAUCUCCCUCGAGAAGCAAGACGCCUACUUGGGGUGACAGAUUUAUUCCUAAUAGGAGUGCAACUGACUUUGAUCUAGCCAAUUUCUUAGUAACAAAAAAAGAUGAAGAUGAAGAAAAUGAGUCAAAUUCUCAAAACCAGAGAGACAGGAAGGUGAUGAGUGAUAAUCUUUUUGGAGGCGACUUGUCUAAUCGAAGAGUCAUGCAGUUUGGUCAAAAAGCUCCCACAUCUCUUGGUGCAAACAAUAUGAGAAUGAUCUACGACAGUGGAAGAACUCCAUCCCUCAAGUCAAAAGCUACAACUAGAGUGAUCCCUUCAAUGCCAGAAAAGAUUUUGGAUGCUCCUGAUAUCAUGGAUGACUACUAUCUCAAUCUAGUUGACUGGGGAAAAAACAAUAUUCUAGCUGUUGCGCUCCGCAAUGCUGUUUACUUGUGGAAUGAGGCGACCGGAAAUAUCACCCAGCUGAUGGAACUGACAGGAGCAGAGGAUUAUGUUACAUCAGUCUCAUGGAUUCAGGAGGGUCAAAUUUUGGCCGUGGCAAAUACAACUGGUCAAGUGCAAUUGUGGGAUUGUAACCAAAUUAAACAGGUGCGCACAAUGUGGAGCCACACAAGCAGGGUUGCAUCCAUGUCUUGGAACAUGUUUGUCCUGAGCAGUGGGUCCCGCAUUGGUGCCAUUCACCACCACGACGUGCGAGCAGCUAACUACCUUGUUGCCGAAUCAAAUCAUCACACUCAGGAGGUGUGUGGUCUGAAGUGGUCUCCAGACGGCAGCUACCUUGCCUCAGGUUCCAAUGACAAUUUGCUCUACAUUUGGCCUCGGUCUCCAUCAGACAUGCAUGCAGAUGCCACGCCGAUUCACACUUUCAACGCGCACCAAGCGGCUGUCAAGGCCCUCGCCUGGUGUCCAUGGCAAAGUGGAGUGCUUGCCUCGGGAGGCGGCACUGCAGACAGACACAUUCGAUUUUGGAAUGUCCGCACCGGCACCAAUAUGAGCGCAAUUGACACCAAGUCUCAAGUUUGCUCGCUCGCCUGGUCCACGGAGUACAAGGAAAUAGUUUCUGGGCAUGGAUACUCCAACCACGAAAUCAACGUCUGGAAAUUCCCAUCAUUGGAUAAGAUUGCUGAGCUGAUUGGACACAGCCAGAGAGUUCUCACUUUGUGCCUGUCUCCCGAUGGACAAGUGGUUUUGUCUGCUGGAGCAGAUGAAACGAUUCGCCUGUGGCAGGUAUUCCCAAAGGACCAGAAGAAGAAGACUGCAACAAGCACCACCGCCAAGCCAGCCAGCAGUGCCCUGGUGGCCCACUUCCGCUGAAUUUUGUGCCCAUAACAUCCACCCCGUGACUUUGCCUCAAGGUGAGGUUCUUAACAUUUGAAUUUAAAAAUCACAUUUUCCGCAUAUUCAAAUUUUUUAAUAAAGAUAUUAGUAGUAUUAACAAAUGAAAGUGAUGCAGAAAUACUUGAAUGUCAUUGCUGAUCUUUAUUGAACAUUAAAAUCUCGUAUUUUCACUUCAA